GAAAAAUAGGCCUUUUUCCCAUCCAUCAAUGUCGAGCUCCAUGGAGAAGAUAACUGAUCAUCACAAGGAAGAGAGGUUCAAUUCCCUUCAUGGUGAUGAGGACGAGCCGGUUCCUAACUACAGAGGCAUCAAGGCUAUGCCUUAUAUCAUCGCUUUCCCGUGGUUAUUUUUAUUGUGACCAGGAAAUGAGACGUUUGAGAAGCUUGGGACGGUUGGUUCGGCGACGAACCUGGUAGUGUACCUGACGACGGUUUUCAACAUGAAGAGUGUCACGGCUGCCACUCUUAUUAACGUCUUCAAUGGCACCUGCAACUUGGCUACUCUUGUUGGAGCUUUCCUCUGUGAUGCAUAUUUUGGCAGAUACAAGUGCUUGGGCUUUGCCUCUAUUUGCUCCUUAUUGGGCAUGCUAAUUCUAAUGCUAACCGCGGCAAUCCCAAACGCACACCCACCUCACUGCGCCGCAACAACUUGCUCUCCGCCAACACCCUGGCAGUUCACCUUCCUACUAGCUUCCUUCCUCUGCCUAGUCAUCGGCGCCGGCGGGAUCCGGCCAUGCAACCUGGCCUUCGGGGCCGACCAGUUCGACCCGAGAUCCGAAUCCGGUAAGAGAGGGACUUCCAGCUUCUUCAAUUGGUACUACUGCACCUAUGCCGCCGCCGUGAUGGUAUCUGUUACAGGGAUUGUCUACGUUCAGUCAAACAUCAGCUGGUCGAUAGGGCUGGCCAUUCCUGCUUUCCUAAUGUUCAUAUCUUGUGCCCUCUUCUUUUGGGGUACUAGAAUUUAUGUUAUUGUUAAGCCACAGGGGAGCCCGUUGACGAGUGUAGCGCAAGUGCUUGUUGCUGCUUUAAGGAAGAGGUCUCUGGAGUUGCCUGAAGAUAGUGGGGCUCCGCUUUUUGACUAUCAUCCUCCUAAAUCGAUUAACUCCAGGCUUCCUCGUACAUCCCAGUUCAGGUGUCUGGAUAAAGCUGUAAUCGUCACAGACAGUGACAAGAUCAACCCAAAUGGCUCGCCCAACAAACCAUGGAGACUCUGCAGCAUGCAACAAGUUGAAGAAGUGAAGUGCAUAGUCCGAAUCCUCCCCAUAUGGGCAUCCACCAUAAUCUCCAACGUUCCUCUCUUGCAACAACAAACCUAUGCAGUCUUCCAAGCCCUUCAAUCUGACAGACAACUCGGCCAUUUCCAAAUCCCCGCAGCGACAUACGUCCUCUUCACCAUGGUAACCCUAACCAUAUGGAUCCCAAUCUACGACCGCAUCUUGGUCCCUUACCUCGAGAAAAUAACCCACCACAAAGAAGGUGGUGGUGGGUUGACCCUUCUCCAAAGGAUGGGGAUUGGGAUGGUGCUAGCCAUCGCGUGUGCCUUGGUUUCGGGCGUGGUCGAAGUGGAGAGGAAGCACAUGACUCGAGCUUCGCCUACUUUGGGGGUUACCCCACAAGGUGGAGAAGUCUCCACCAUGUCGAGCAUGUGGUUAAUCCCACAACUGAUGCUGGCAGGACUAGCCGAGGCAUUUGGCUACAUUGCGCAGAUCGAGUUUUACUACAAGCAGUUUCCAGAGAACAUGAGCAGCAUCGCACAGUCGUUUUUCUUUGUUGCAUAUGCUUUGUCGAACUAUUUGAGUGGGUUUUUGGUUUAUGUUGUGCAUAAGGUAAGUGAAGGGAAUGAAGGUGGGGACUGGUUGGCGGAUGAUUUGAAUAAGGGGAAGCUAGAUUGGUUUUAUUUUGUGAUUGGUGGGUUGGGAGUGGUGAAUUUUGUGUAUUUCUUGGUGUGUGCGAGGUGGUAUACUUAUAAGGGUGAUUUGAAGAGGUUAGGCGGGGAGAUUGAUUUAGAAGGGAAUGUUUGAAAGAAGCAGGGGAUUUCGGUGUGUGUGGAGUUGUAACUUGUAAGAGUUGAAUAAGAAAGGAAAGGCAUGAGUAUCGUUAUGUUCUUUUGCAAUUUUAUCCUAUUAUAAAGAGAUCAUUUGUUGGUUGGAUUUGAAAAAAAAAAAAAGAGAUUUUUUUUUUACUAAAAAGAAGGUUUUGGAAAAUCCAAGAUUAAUGA